AUGAGGAACAUCCGUUCCGUCUACAAGACCCACAUUGACGUGCUGCAUUUCAGGAAGAUCGAUCAGAAAAGGCUUUACGAAGAGGAAGAUGGCAAAGACCAUCGUUUCACUCCGGAAAGGGUGGAACUCUUGAAUAUUUUAUCUCAAAAGCGCGAUAUUUACGAUCGUCUUACCCGAGCCAUAGCUCCAUCCAUUUAUGAAAACGAAGAUGUAAAAAAGGGAAUUUUGCUUCAAUUGCUUGGCGGCACAAAGAAAACUUUCACUACUUCCGGAAGGACCAACUUCCGAGCUGAAAUCAACAUUCUUUUGUGCGGAGAUCCAGGCACCUCGAAGUCGCAGCUGCUCCAGUACGUUUAUAAUCUCGUUCCUCGCAGCCAGUACACGUCUGGAAAAGGCUCAUCAGCUGUCGGUUUGACAGCAUACGUCACGAAAGAUCCCGAAACGAGACAGCUAGUUCUGCAAACAGGAGCUCUAGUAUUGGCGGACAAUGGCAUAUGUUGCAUUGACGAGUUCGACAAGAUGAACGACUCCACAAGAAGCGUUUUGCAUGAAGUGAUGGAACAACAAACUCUCAGCAUCGCCAAAGCUGGUAUCAUCUGCCAGUUGAAUGCUAGGACUUCCAUUCUAGCAGGCGCCAAUCCCCAUGAGUCCCAGUGGAACAAAAACAAAACUAUAAUUGAAAACGUCCAAUUACCGCAUACGUUACUAUCCAGAUUCGAUUUGAUUUUCUUGAUUUUGGACCCGCAAAACGAAAACUAUGACAGAAAGCUUGCCAGACAUCUUGUGUCACUGUAUUACAGGACCAGGGAGGAGGAAGAAGAUGAAGUUUUGGACAUGUCAAUCCUUAGAGACUACAUAGCCUACGCUAAAGAGCACAUCCACCCUAAGCUCAGCGAUCAAGCGGCGCAGAAGCUGAUCCAGUCCUACGUGGAUAUGAGGAAGAUCGGAUCGGGCAGAGGUCAGAUCUCCGCGUACCCUAGACAGCUCGAAUCUUUGAUUCGACUGUCGGAAGCUCAUGCCAAAGUUCGUUUCUCGCAAGUCGUGGAAAUCGAAGAUGUAGAUGAAGCGUACAGGCUGCACAGGGAGGCUCUUAAACAGUCCGCCACCGAUCCGCUGUCCGGGAAGAUAGACGUGGGAAUCUUGACGACGGGACUCAGCAGCGCUGCGAGGAAGAAACGGAUGGAGCUCGCUCAGACCGUCAAGGAUAUGAUCGAGUCGAAAGGGAAAAUGCCCAUUAUCAGUUAUCCGAAGCUGUUCGAGGAGUUGAAACAGAAUUCUGACAUUCAAGUGACUAGAGAACAAUUCGAAGAUGCUCUGAAAGACCUUCAGGAUGAUGGAUUGAUCGUGGUGAUGGGUAGGACGUCCAUUCGAAUCGUUAGGAAUAGAGACUAG